CUGAAAAGGGAAAGAGAGAUCAAUGAGGAGGACAGGCAGAAAACUACGUGUUAACAAAGGGACAGAACUUUGAAGUGGAGAGCAGAGGGUUGUCAUCAUUUACAAUGUCUGCCUGCCAUGUGUAUUUGGUAUUUCUGAUCUGGUGCCAGGUUUUAAAUCUUUCAGCAGCAGAGAAUGAAGAAUCUGCUGUUGACAAUGAGAAUCGUGGAGAUGGAACUGUGUUCACUGUCCCCAGUAACAGACCCACCAGUCAUUCACCAGGAGCUGGCUGGGAGACCAAGAUUAAAGGAGCUACUUCACGUGGACAAGGAACUGCCUCAGGUUUUCGAUUUCAUCAGGAAAAGUUACUUGAAGAACUGAAGGAUUAUAAGUUUGUAUUCCCCCAGCUGCUUUCAGGAAGAGGGAAGCGGAGUAUAUCCAUACUGCCUCAGGUGUGGUAUUCAAAUCACAUCAGGAUCUCUGUGACUCUGGAGGGAAAGGAUUUAAUACUGGACCUUGAGCAGAAUAGACUCCUCUUUCCUGCACGCUUCCAGGUAUCGCACUAUGAUUCCAAUGGGACUUUGGUAACAGAGACAGACACUGAAAUGUAUCGCUGUUACUAUGCGGGAUCUGUGAGAAAAUUCCCUGGAACACAAGUCUCUGCAAGUACCUGCUCAGGACUCAGUGCUGUGAUUGUGUUCAGUAAUCGAACAUAUGUCAUUGAACCUGUUGUUGGAGAUGCAGAUGGUCGUCAUUUGUUAUACAGAGCUGAAGAUGUCCUGCCAGUACCGAGUCGCUGUGGAGUUGGAACUCCAUCUCCUGGAUUACCCCUGACUGAUCACCUCCAGCGCUCUCAGAGGGUCAAAAGGAAUGUGCUACAAGAGAUGAGAUACCUGGAGUUGGUGCUUGUAGCUGAUCGUGAAAUGUACAUAUACCUGGGGAGUAGUAAGGACGCUGUCGUGCAGAGAAUGAUUAAUGUUGUCAAUGCCGUCAAUAUGUAUUACAGACCGUUUAAAGUUUGGAUUGCUCUUAUUGGUGUGGAGGUAUGGACCACCAACCAGAUCCCCAUUGACAGUAAUCCUUCCAGAACCAUGAACCAUUUUCUCCACUGGAGAGAGACGUCCCUUCUCCCUCGACUGCGCAAUGACAACGCCCAUCUUGUCACUAGAUCCACCUUUGCAGAUGGCAUUGCUGGCUUGGCAUUGGCUAACGGUAUUUGCACUGUAGACAACUCUGGAGGAAUAAACCUGGACAGAGGGUCAAGUUUCCUGCACCUCUCUGUGACACUUGCCCAUGAGAUUGGGCACAAUCUCGGACUGUCACAUGACACAGAAGACCGCCAGUGUAACUGCCCAGAUCUGGAUGGUGGCUGUAUAAUGGAAGAGGCUAUCGGGUGGAAGUUGCCAAGGAUGUUUAGUAGCUGUAGCCGUGCGGAUUUGGAGCAAGUGUUUGACCAGGGAGUCGGGACAUGUCUGUUUAACCUCCCGGAUCCAGACCAGCUGCUGUCCCCUCCCCAGUGUGGGAACCUCUACCUGGACAGGGGCGAGGACUGUGACUGCGGCCCCCCUGCGGAGUGUACCGACCCCUGCUGUGAGCCCUCAACGUGUAAACUUAAACCUGGGGCACAGUGCCCAUCCACGGAUACCUGCUGCAAAGACUGUCAAUUCCUUCCAGCAGGGACAAUGUGCCGAGGGCUGAUGGGAGAAUGUGACCUGCCGGAGUUCUGUUCAGGAAAUUCCUCUGAUUGCCCCGAAAAUGUGUUUCUGCAACAUGGGCACAACUGCAGCAAUGGGACUUUAUACUGCAGCGAUGGUAUCUGCCAGUCUGCAGAUAAACAGUGCCAGGAGAUCUGGGGUCCUGGUGCAAGAUCUGCUGAAGAUGUAUGUUACGUAUAUACAAAUAAAGCAGGAAGCCCCUUUGGAAACUGCGGAAAGAAUGACAAUAAUGAUUACAUCAAAUGCCAAAGCAAAGAUGUGAAGUGUGGGAAGAUUCAGUGCAAGGGUGGAAAUUCCUCUCCAAUUCAAGGAGGGAAUGUACAUUUCUCCACGACCAAAUUUGAGAUUGACCACGUGCAGAUAAAAUGCAGGGGGACGUUUUCGAAUUUACCUGAUUCCAUUUCUCCAGACUUAGUUCGACAAGGUACAAAGUGUGGGGACAAGAAGGUCUGCUUUGAACAUAGAUGUCAGGAUGUAAAUCUGUUUAAUGUACAAAACUGUGAGAAGACCUGCAACUACCGAGGGGUUUGUAACAGUAAAGGGAACUGUCACUGUGAUACGGGCUGGGCUCCUCCGUUCUGUAAUGUCACAGGUUCAGGUGGCAGUAUUGACAGUGGACCCGUAGAGGACACCAGAUCAGCUCCAUCACCUGAGACAAAAGGAACUGAGCCAAACAUCCCCACAUUGCCAAGUACAACCCAAACAUCAGACACACUCAGUACCUGGACUUGGAUUGUGCCAAUGGCUGUGCUACUUCUGUUUCUGAUGGCCCUGGCUGGCUUUGUGGUGUGGUUCCUGAUGAAGAAAUUGAUGUACACCAGAGGAAGGAGACCAACUUCGACAAUAGAAACAUCAUCUGUUCUAAGAGCAGACAUUGAACUCUCCACAAGACUACAAGAUCCACUUCCAAACACAACAGUCUGACCAGAUUCAGGCGUCUGUCAGCCAAUGAUAAUAAUCUUAUGACUGUAUGAUCCCGUCUGUGAUCGGUGUAUGAUCCUGGAAUGAGAAGCUGGAUAUUUGUGGGGAAUGAUACCGAUUGGAGACAGCAGACUUAGCACAUUACUUGUGAACCUGACUGAAGAACUAAUCCUGGUGAUGGAGCAAGAAAUUAUAGUGAGGACAACAGACUCCCCCUGAGAGAGUCAAUGUGAUCCAGACAUCAGACUCUCCCUGAGAGAGUCAAUGUGAUCCAGACAACAGACUCUCCCUGAGAGAGUCAAUGUGAUCCAGACAACAGACUCUCCCUGAGGGAGUCAAUGUGAUCCAGACAACAGACUCUCCCUGAGGGAGUCAAUGUGAUCCGGACAACAGACUCCCCCUGAGAGAGUCAAUGUGAUCCGGACAACAGACUCCCCCUGAGAGAGUCAAUGUGAUCCGGAUAACAGACUCCCCCUGAGAGAGUCAAUGUGAUCCGGACAACAGACUCUCCCUGAGAGAGUCAAUGUGAUCCAAUGAGUAGUUCUUUCACUUGGUUGAUGAAACAUGGUACUGAUGAGAAAGUGAACUCCUCACAUUCACUAGCUUCCAUUUUUUUCUCCACGGGAAAUCCUGAUACAAUUUAGGGCUGUUUCUCUUU